AUGAAGCGUCAAGUCGCCCGUCAAUUUCGCAGAGCCUUGGGAACGCCGCGUCCAGUACCAGCCGCCGCUCUUCCUCUGCACGCGUCUCGCUGCUACUCUACACAUCCUCCCAACGCCAAGCUGAACCUGCCCAUCGAAUAUGGCUCUACGCCCUUAUUAGCCCACAGCGCCGAUGUGGUCCAAAAGAACAUAGAAAUCCCUAUCGAGGUCCGCAACGGCGCGACCAAGAAGCUGAACCUCUUCCAGGCCGUCAACGAUGCACUCGGCACCGCUCUGGCGGAGGACGAGUCGGUGGUCGUCUUCGGCGAGGAUGUCGCCUUCGGCGGCGUGUUCCGAUGCACAAUGAAGCUGGCCGAGACGCACGGUAGCGAGCGCGUCUUCAACACGCCCCUCUCGGAGCAGGGUAUUCUCGGCUUUGGUAUUGGGCUGGCGGCAGAGGGCAUGCGGCCUGUCGCCGAGAUUCAGUUUGCGGAUUACGUCUACCCAGCCUUCGAUCAGAUCGUCAACGAAGCCGCCAAGAUGCGAUACCGUGAUGGCAGCAACGGUCGAGGCGCCGGUGGCCUGACGGUACGCAUGCCGUGCGGUGGUGUCGGCCACGGUGCUCUGUAUCACUCGCAGUCUCCGGAAAGCCUGUUUACGCACGUUCCUGGCGUUCGUGUAAUUAUGCCGAGGUCGCCUAUCCAGGCCAAGGGCCUCCUACUCUCCGCCAUCCGCAGCAACGACCCGUGUAUCUUCAUGGAGCCCAAGAUUCUCUACCGUGCUGCUGUUGAGCAGGUUCCUGUUGCCUCCUAUGAGCUGCCCCUCUCCAAGGCCGAGGUACUCAAGGAGGGUAGCAAUGUCACCGUCGUCUCUUAUGGUCAACCUCUUUAUUACUGCGUCGAGGCAAUUCGCCAGCUCGAGGCUCAGCGCCCAGACGUGUCUAUUGAGCUGAUCGACUUGCGCACCGUUCACCCGUUUGACCGGGAAACUGUCUUCAGCAGUGUGAAGAAGACUGGAAGGGUCAUGAUUGUCCACGAGGCUUAUACAACAGCUAGCGUCGCUUCCGAAGUAGCUGCAGCCAUCCAAGAAAACCCCGAUACCUUCAACAGAUUGGAGGCACCUGUCCGCCGCGUCGCUGGCUGGGAUAUUCACAACUCAUUGGCCUUUGAGAGAUUCCAUUUGCCAGACAUUACAAGAAUGUAUGACAACAUCAAGCGUCUGUUGGAUUAUUAG